UUUUUCCCGGGGAGCUGAAAAGAGACAGUAGGUGGACAGUUAAAUCGAAAUAAAAAAACACUGGAGAGAAGUGCCGAAGAAGAAGAAGAAGGAUGAUGAUGCGGUACAAAGAGGAGAAAGAGGCCAAGAAAGAAGCUUUCAGGAAGUAUUUGGAAUCCAGUGGUGUUCUUGAUUCUCUCACCAAAAUUCUGGUUGCUUUGUAUGAGCAGCAUGACAAGCCUUCCUCCGCUCUAGAAUUCAUUCAACAAAAGCUGGGCGGUCCAUCUGUCUCCGAUUACGAGAAGCUUCAAGCUGAGAAAUCGGAUCUACAGAUAAAGUACAAUGAGCUUCUGGCCAAACACCACGAAACCUGCAAAGAGUUAGAUGAGCUCAAGAGUCUGCAUUCACGGAAUUCUUCUUCCAAGGAAGGUAUGGAUGCAGAGGCCCCCCAUGAUGGCUGAGCUGAGUCCUGAACACGAGCCAGCAACUACCUUCUCUCGUCGGUACUGCAUGUUUAAUUGUAUUUUAUGUGUUUCAAGAAUCGCAUUCAGCAAUCAAACAUAAACUAUUUUGUUAACCAGUGCUCCAUUUUCGUUAUCCAAUUUUGAUUUUCGGUUAAGGUAUA